AUGGCAGACUCAUCAAUCCCACCUCCUCCACAUGCUUUAGCACAAAUACAAGAAGACCUAAAGUACUUAUAUGCAUCAAAUACUAAUAUUUCUAACUUUGUCUCUGUGAAGCUUUCCAGCGCAAGCAACUACCAUCUUUGGGAGAAACAGAUGUUUUGCCUCAUGGAGACUUACAAUCUGCAUGGCAUUGUAGAUGCAACAGUUAGCUGUCCAAGAACUUUGAACACAGAGAUGGAGAAACAAUAUAACAGUCUUGUCAAAGGUUGGAUCUUCGGUUCAAUCAGUGAAGAGCUACUUGGCACUGUUGUCGAUCUUGGUUCAGCCAAAGAGGUUUGGGAGAAGCUGAAAUCGUUCUACGAUCCAACUAUGAUAAGUUCUCAACAAGGUACCUAUCUACUACAAGGAUUCAAUACUUAUGACCUUUACAUUUAG